AUGGUGAAUGCACGAGAGCGCAAGUCCGACUCGGCCAAUACUCCAUCGCGGAGGCAUGCCGGCUCAGGCAAUGCUGGGGGGGUGGAUCGAUCAGAUCAAGCGACCAAGACUCUCUCACAUUCAAGGAGCCAGCUUGCACGGCACCACUCGCAGCAGAUGCCGCCCUCUGCCAGCUCACGCGCCGUCGCAUUUCCGAAGAUUCCGCCAACUGCUUCUAACAAGCGGUCGCAGCAGCCACGACGACUCCGUGCAAGGAUAGGAGAUGCACGCUGCGGCAUGCCCACGCUGCUUGCUCGCCUAGUACAGUACAGCCCGCCACCAGCCCAGGCCUGCGCUCUGUCGUGA